AUGACCGCCGAGAAGGCGCUGCCCAUCAACAAUGCCAAAGCGGCGGAGGAGGCGCGGGACCCCGAGGCCUCCAGCGCCAGCUUGGUGUCCAGCCGCGACAAGAAGGUCCAUGAGCGGGGCCACUGGAACAACAAGGUGGAGUUCGUGCUGAGCGUGGCGGGAGAGAUCAUCGGGCUGGGCAACGUGUGGCGCUUCCCUUACCUGUGCUACAAGAACGGAGGAGGUGCUUUUCUGAUUCCAUAUGUGGUGUUUUUUAUCUGCUGUGGAAUACCAGUGUUUUUCCUGGAGACAGCCCUGGGCCAGUUUACUAGUGAAGGUGGCAUUACAUGUUGGAGAAAAAUUUGCCCCUUGUUUGAAGGCAUUGGCUAUGCAACUCAAGUUAUUGAGGCCCACUUAAAUGUCUACUACAUCAUCAUUCUAGCCUGGGCUAUUUUCUACCUGUUCAACUGCUUCACCACUGAGCUCCCCUGGGCCACCUGUGGGCAUGAAUGGAAUACAGUUCACUGCGUGGAGUUUCAGAAGCUGAAUCUGAGUAACUGCAGCCAGGUGUCCCUCCAGAACGCCACCUCGCCCGUCAUGGAAUUUUGGGAGCACAGAGUCCUCGCCAUCUCUGACGGGAUCGAACACAUCGGUAACCUCCGCUGGGAGCUGGCCCUGUGCCUCCUCGCUGCCUGGACCAUUUGCUAUUUCUGCAUUUGGAAGGGGACCAAAUCCACAGGGAAGGUCGUGUAUGUCACUGCCACAUUCCCCUACAUCAUGCUUCUGAUUCUUCUCAUUCGAGGAGUGACGCUGCCUGGAGCAUCUGAAGGGAUCAAGUUUUACCUCUACCCUGAUAUUUCCCGGCUUUCUGAUCCCCAGGUCUGGGUAGAUGCUGGAACUCAGAUCUUUUUCUCCUAUGCCAUCUGCCUGGGAUGCUUGACAGCACUGGGAAGUUACAACAAUUAUAAUAACAAUUGCUACAGAGACUGCAUCAUGCUGUGUUGUUUGAACAGUGGCACCAGCUUCGUGGCCGGCUUUGCCAUCUUCUCUGUCCUCGGCUUCAUGGCAUAUGAGCAAGGAGUGCCCAUUGCAGAGGUAGCAGAAUCAGGGCCAGGACUAGCCUUUAUUGCCUACCCCAAAGCGGUCACCAUGAUGCCUCUUUCUCCUCUGUGGGCUGCCUUGUUCUUCAUGAUGCUCAUCUUCCUGGGACUGGACAGCCAGUUUGUCUGCGUGGAGAGCCUUGUAACAGCUGUGGUGGACAUGUACCCAAAGACUUUCCGGCGAGGCUAUCGGAGGGAACUGCUCAUCUUGGCCCUGUCUAUCGUCUCUUACUUCCUUGGUCUGGUCAUGUUAACAGAGGGUGGCAUGUAUAUUUUCCAGCUGUUUGACUCCUAUGCAGCCAGCGGGAUGUGCCUUCUCUUUGUCGCUAUCUUUGAAUGUGUCUGCAUUGGCUGGGUUUAUGGAAGCAAUCGCUUUUAUGAAAACAUUGAAGACAUGAUUGGCUAUAAGCCGCUGUCCCUAAUUAAGUGGUGCUGGAAGGUGGUGACCCCGGGCAUCUGUGCAGGGAUCUUUGUCUUCUUCCUGGUGAAAUACAAGCCCCUCAAGUACAACAAUGUGUACACAUACCCCAAUUGGGGUUAUGGGAUUGGCUGGAUGAUGGCACUUUCCUCCAUGGUCUGCAUUCCACUUUGGAUUGUCCUCAAGAUGUGGCAGAUUGAGGGCACGCUCCUGGAGAAAUUCAGGAAGUUGAUAGUGCCCAGCCCAGACCUGAAGAUGAGAGGGAAGCUUGGCGCCGGCCCACGAACAGUUACUCUAAAUGACUGUGAUGCCAAACUCAAAGGGGAUGGAAACAUUUCUGCCAUCACAGAAAAGGAGACACAUUUCUGAGAGACCUCUCUUCGA